GUACUUCGGGUCUAACGGCAAUUGAACAGUGUCUAGAUAAUGACCUGGUUCCAGUCUGUUUUGAACAAAAUUCCUUUAUCGGUGGACUCUGGAGAUAUGAGGAAGUUUGUGGAGAGAAUAAAGAUCCGCACUCAUCGAUAUAUGAAAGCAUCAGAACCAACACCUCUAAGGAAAUGACGGCAUUUUCAGAUUUCCCAAUCCCCAGAGAUUGGCCGACGUUUUUGAGCCAUUAUUACAUAGAAAGGGACAAGGAGGAAGAGGAAAUUUUCGAUUACGUGAUGGUCUGUUCUGGUCAUCAUCGCCAUCACAGGUGGCCAAAAUACAAAGGAAUGGACGCGUUUAGAGGUGAACAAACGCACUCUCAUUUUUAUAGAAAAAGAAGAUUAACAGAAAAAGCCAUCACCGAAGAAAGUGGACCGUAUCCACCCCACCUAAAGCCUAACGAACCGCCGUUUGCAUCGUACUCGGUUGUAAAUUCAGAAAUCUUUAGACGUCUCGCAGCCGGUGCAGUCGUAGUGAAGCCGGACAUCAAAGAACUCAAGUCUGAUAAUAAUAAAAUUGAAUUUGCUGAUGGAACUGUUUUAGAGAAUAUCGAUGUUGUUAUAUAUUCAACCGGGUAUUAUCUUGAAUUUCCGUUUCUUGAAAAGGAUAUUAUUACGGGCGGCAAAGACAUUGAAAAGGAAUAUGCGAAGGAAUACAAGGAAGAUUUGGUUUGGAUGUAUAAAAGGAUGUUUCCUCCGAGGUACCCAAAUAUAGCUUUCGUGGGAUUGGUAGUGGGAGCCGGUGCUAUCUUUCCUAUUAGGUGGGUUUUAUAA